AUGUCCCUCAUUAAACAAUACCAAAACAAACUGGUUGAGGCAGUUACAAACGAUGGGAGGAUUUUUAUUGGUACAUUGAUCGGUUACGACAACCCCUCAAACAUCGUCUUGCGCGAGUGUAUCGAGCGUGUUUUUUCAAAAUCUGGUGUUUCUGUCAUUCCCUGUGGACUUCUAGUACUUCGUGGUGAUGAGAUUAUUCUAAUUGGUGCUCUCGAUGAACAGAAAGACUCCUCCGUUGAUUGGCCUUCUGUGAUUGCAAACCCUCUUGCUCAUGCUUUGAUUUGA